AUGAAUAAAUAUUAUGCAAGAUUUAUACAUAUUUUAAUCAUAUUAAUAUUUUUUUUGUUUAUAAAUAAGUGUGAGGGUGAAUCAAAAAAUAAGAAUGAAAAUAUUAUUUCCCCAAUACACUCUUUUAAAUCCCCAUUUCAGAUCGAAGAUUUAAACAAUGGAUGGGUCAUAGAUUAUUCAUCAGCACCCACUAAUAACUAUUUAGUGCUUAUACCUAAUGUAUAUAAUCGAAGGGGUAUAUUAUAUAACAAUACCCCAAUAAAAUCAGACGUGUUUGAUGUUAAUUUCAGUUUUAAUAUUUAUAAAAAACAAUAUAAAGAAUCGAUUGAUUCAAGUUAUUAUAAAGAUGAACCUGCAAAAAAUAUUAUAUAUAAUGUAAAUAUAAAUGAAAAAGAUAAAACAAAUGGUUUUGCAUUUUGGAUAUUAGAAAAUAAAAUAUCAGUACAAUCACCCAUCACUGCUACCGACCCAAUAGUUUUAGAUGAAGAAGAUGUUAUAUUAUAUGGUUAUAAAAAAACAUUUAGUGGUAUAUGUGUAUAUUUUCAAUUAAAAGAAAAUGAUCUAGCUGUAUAUGCAUUAAUAAAUAAUGGAAAUAAAUCUAUAAAUAUUAAUAAUAAUAGUGCAAAAAAUUAUAAUUUAGGUAUAUUACAAAAUAAUGGCUUAAUCAGUGUAAAAAUAACAGCCCAAAAAAAUGAUAUACGUAUUUACUUAUUUAAUGCUAAAACAUCAAGUUAUAUACAUAGUUUAACUAUAAAGAAAAAUUUACCUAAAGAAAAUUAUAUUGGAUUUUCUUCCUUUAAUUUUAAUGAAGAUAAAUCUAUAUCUCUUACAAGCGUAAAUAAAUAUCUACCAACAUUUGUGGGUAUAACUGAUUUCAACGUACAUACAAAUUAUGUUGUUAAAGAACCAGAGCAAGAAAUUAUUGUUGAAAAUGAUAAUACAGAAAGUAAUAAUGUAAAAGAAAAUUAUGACGAAGCAAAUUACAACGAUUUAAAUAUUAAUAAUUUGAUGAAUGAUAUUGCAUCAUCUCAAAACGUAGGUCAAUCUUCACAAGAAGAAACAUUAAGAUCAAUGCUAAAAAUAAUUCAAGACUUUGUUACUUAUCAAGUUGAUGUUGAUAAACGCAUGUCACAAAAUAUCGCAUUUUUAAAAAAUAAUAUUCAAAGUAUGCAAGAAGAAAUCAAACAAAUACGUAAAAAUGUUACUAAUAAAACUGAUCCAAAAAAUCUUCAAAAAAUGUUUACUUCUGAAUUAAGUGGAUUAAAAAAUUUAUUUCAUUCUCAUGCACAACAUCAUAAAAAAAAUAUCGAAGACAUUACAAAUCGAUUAACUAGCAAAAUAGACAAUAAUUACGAAUUAAAAUUAUUAGCACAAAAAGCUCAAAAAUUGGAACAUAUUAUUAAUAAAGGAAAUAAUACCUCCUAUUUUUUCUCAGUAGCAUUUGCCGCUCUUAUCGUUAUAACUCUCAUAAUGAUUUAUAAAAAAAUUAGGGAUGUUGAAAAAAAACAUAUUUUAUAA